UCAUUUGAAGAAAUAAAGCGCUAUUGUCAAUCGCAAUGAAGCCUGUUCGCUGAAGCCCAGUUGUCAGAUCACUCACCGACACGAUAUUUAGCGCGAUGCGCGUUUGCCAAAAUCGUUUUUUUUGACACUCGGAUCUGGCUAUGAUCAUUCAUAACGAUCUCAUACGGGUAUGUUGGUAAUUUCUCUGGCAUAUUCUCUAUAGGUUUAUCGCACACCGUUUAGGCAUUUCUAUUAUUCGCAUACAGCUGCGUAUUUCAGUAAUCCAAUGCACGCGAAGUAUCGUAUAUAAGCACUGUUAUUUAAAUUAUGCUCGUCUGUUUUCAUGGCUAAUGAAGUUGAGUGUUGAGGCAAGCGUUGAGCGUCGCCGUCGCUGUCGUAUCGCUCCAUCAAUGACAUUAUAUACGCUGUCUGUGCUGUGAAAACAAAUGAUGACUUUUUAUGUCCUAUACAUCGCUUUUAAUAUUGCGUUUUUGAAAAGGCAGUCGUUAAGGCGACAAGAUAACAACGUAGUGGAAAUUUAACCAAAUAUGCAGCCCAGUCUGGGACGCGUUAUUACAGCGAAACAUAACAUUUUCCCGAAAUGCUUUACGUUUUCGAUGAUUUUGAUGAACUGGAGCGAUCUCGCGCGUUAAUCAUGAUGGACGCAGCAUCAUAACGCUCGAGCCCUGUUCACCAAUAACGUGCCGCACGGAGAGAGACCCGAGCCCAAGAAUUGUAGCGGCGCCUCAGAAAUGAAUGAUGAUGGAGGCUGAUAACGCGGCGAGCUGGUUUCCUCUGUCGGAAAACGGAACCACAAGUUUCAACGCGACGAACUUGGGUUUCCUGAACGCGUCGUCUCCGGUGGGUCUGUGGGGUGACGCUCAGGAUAAAGAGGUGGCAAGACUGGAGGAGAUCCUCAAGGCUCAGGAAAGAGCCUACAAGGAUUUCACUACCACUAUUCAAGUUUUCAUCCUCAUCGGCUCCCUUUUGAGCAAUACUGCAGUGCUGUGGUGCACUUGCUACACCAAUGUCUUCAAGUCUGUCACCAAUCUUUUCAUCAAGAACCUGGCAUGUUCUGGCAUUUGUGCUGGGUUGGUGUGUGUGCCCUUUGACAUAGCCUUGAGUGCCAGUCCCCUCUGCUGCCUGUGGGUCCAUACGCUUCUGCUGUGCAAAGCCAUUAAGUUCCUACACAGGCUUUUCUGCUCUGCCACUGUGCUCAGCUUUGCUGUCAUCGCCCUGGAUAGGUACUACUCAGCAUUGUAUCCACUAGAAAGAAAGAUAUCAGAUGCCAAAUCCAGAGACCUGGUCAUCUACAUCUGGGUGCAUGCGGUGGUAGCCAGCGCCCCUGUGUUCGCUGUAAGCAAUGUGACGGAUGUCUACGCCACUUCUUCCUGUUCUGAUGGCCAAUCGCUUGGACAUCUGGUUUACAUGAUCACGUACAGCGUCACCACACUCAUUUUACCACUAGCAGUGGUAUUUCUAGCCAUGGCACUAAUUCGCCGCGCGUUAAGCACCAGCCAAAAGAAAAAAGUAAUCAUCGCGGCGCUGCGCACCCCACAGAACAGCAUUUCCAUCCCGUAUGUGUCUCAGCGGGAGGCUGAACUACACGCCACUCUGUUGUCCAUUGUUCUAGUCUUCGCGGUGUGCAGCACUCCUUAUGCCGCUCUGGUCAUAUACCGUUCAGUGCUGGGGGUCGCAAAAGCCUCGUCUUGGUUACAGCUGACGGCCGUGUGGCUUCCGAAGGUCUCACUCCUCACCAACCCACUGUUUCUUCUCACAGUAAACCGUUCUGUGCGUCGCUGCCUUCUUGAUAUGCUAGCACGCCUGCAUCGACGCUAUAGUCGAAGGAACAUGGUCAGUGUUGGGGGUCUGGCUGAAGUAGGGCCACUAGGGGGCGAGACUGUGGUUCGCUCUGGUAGUCAACUCCUGGAGAUGUUCAAUAUUGGCCAACAGCAGAUCUUCAGACCAAACGAGGACGAAGAAGAUGAGAAUGAAAUUUCCUCUGUGGCCUCCGCUAACUUUCAACCCAAAGAUGAAGGACAGGGUGGAAAUGGAGGGGCGGCAAGAGAGCUGCGUCAGCCGCCAUCAGGGGAUCCGGUUAAAGAAGAUGGCUUAGUGUUACCAAAACAUUCCCCUAUUCAGUCAUGUGCCUACUCCUCUUCACAGGUCGCCCCUGCGACUCCAACGGACCCUGAGGAUGCUACACAGUUUGGUUUUGGGCCAUUUGAGCUGCCGCCACAAUGGCUGCCUGAAACCAGAAACAGUAAAAAAAGGCUUCUUCCUCCGUUGGGAAACACACCAGAGGAGCUGAUCCAGACCAAGCAGCCCAGAGUUCGUCCCGAGAGACGCAUCAGUAGAAACAAUAAAGUUAGUACUUUCCCCAAUGUGGAUCCAUGAAACAGUGCAGUGGACCAAAUCGUAAAAAGCCAAGAAGAAAGACUGUUUGUGUUUUAUAUCUAAAGUUAUUUUGAGAUGAUUUUCUAUGUGACUGCCGAUCAGUGAAGGACUUGGAGAGUGUACGUUUACAGUAGGAAGUUGUUUGUUUGGACGGUUUAAUAGACAACCCUUCAUCUCCUUGUACUGACAAAACAGGAAAUUGAUCUUUCACAGGAAAUUCAAGAAACAAACACAAGGUAGGCACGAAUUGUAAUUUGUUGGAAUGGUCAAUAAAAUUAAUCACAAUCAUUUUUAUGUAGAUAUGUCCAUGUGUCCUGCUUAACUCUUUAAAAUAUCACCUCACUGUCCAUGUGUUAUUUAGCAAUAAUCUAUUUCAGUUCGCUUGAAGAACUAGUUAGAAACGAGUGCAUUGCUCUCAAUAUUAAAAUGCCCUCCAAGUCUGCACUCUCAAAUCCCCCCCAAAACUUGUGAAAUAAUAUUACUGAUUUCUGUUUUAAUGUACAUUUUAAUACAAUUUAAGGUAAAUCACAUGAUUUUUCAGUAAUUAUUAUAGUAUGUUGAUUAGGCACUAAGGAAACAUUUAAAGUUAUCAUCAAAGUUUUCUUUUUUUGAUGAAUAUAAAGAACUGCAUUCAUUUCAAAUACAUGAUUUAUUGACCUUUGCUAUCGCUUUUGAUCAGUUUAAUGCAUGCUUGAAUAAAACAAAAACUAACGAAAACACAUCUUACUAAAUCCAAACAUUUAAAUUAUAGUCUAAAAGUUUAGUCAAUACUUAAACUACAAUGUAAGACAGACGUGGGAACAUCUUAAUCACGAUGCAACUACCAUGCUGCCACCAACGUAUGAAUUUGUGCAGAAUUUUUAUGCAGAUAAUGUGCCAAAACCAAUGUCUCUGGAAAAGAUGGUCCAUUAUUGACAAAAAAAUGGCACUGAUGUGUUCAGAUUGUACUUGGUAACUAUUAAGAAUGAUUACAGUGGGCUGUUAUCAAGAUUUCUGCUUGGUAGGAAACAGAAUGCAUUUUAACAUAUAACUUUGAAAUUAAGUUUGCCUUCAUAGGGCUACGGCUCUCAUGUUAAAGAACAAAGAACUCAGACGGACAGAUUUCUAUGGUGGGAAACAGUUAGUAACAUCCUCCGCUUAGAGGUCUUUUGACAGUGAGUUGUUGUUUGGAACAAUGUAGUGUAAUUAUAGUACAUAAAUUAUGACUCACAGGCUUUUGUUUGCUUUUUAUUGUUAAAAUAUGUCAAUGCUUUCUCUUUAUUAUAUAUUUUCUUUAAAAGCCAAACUAAUUAUACUUCAGUAUUGCUUAUAUGAUUAGUUAUUUGGAAAAAUAACUACAAAUUCUUUUUUCAAUCAUAUUUGCAAAAUUAUACAAUAAAUAUUAGAUCUUUAAAUAGCUCAUUUAAAUGCUGACAAUAAAGGGACAUUGUUUUGACAUUCAAAUGUUUAUAAAAUACCUGUAAAGUUGUAAAAUUGACUUAUAAUUAGCUGAGUUCUUAAAUAAUUGACUAGUAUUCAAUAUACAAGUAACAUAUUUUAUAUUAACAGUUAAACAUAUUUUCAUAAAAAGAAACAUUGUUUCUCUGAGUUAAUCGCCUUUUAUGGCAAAAGCAAAGCUUAAGCACUUGCAUGUGAUUGAGUAGAAGAAAAAAUGUAUUAAAGACGACAGCAUGUUUUUCCCCAUAUGCCAGUUUUAGUGCCAUUAAUUAAAAAAAUCUUGAUGGAUUUUAAGGUGGUUUAAUGUGUUUUCCAAAAUCCAGAAACCACUAGCUUGAAUUUCUACUUGAGCUCUAAACCACAGCUGGUAUGUGGAAUUAACAUAAUACUUGUGCUCUUUUCCACAUUGCUUUAAUGUAUAAAAAGGUCAAGCAAAAAGUGUUGUUUGGGAAGUACACUGAUUGCCAUCCAUUUACAUGGCUCUUUAAACAUACAUUUUUAAAAAAUAAUGCUAUUUUCUUGAUUUCCGCUGCAUUAGUUAAAUUGUCUGAUGGAAGCAUGUCUCUCAAAUUUAGCUAAACUAAAUACAUCAAUAUUGAAGGCAAGGGUUCAUUUAAUUAGAGUUGCCUAGCAACUGAUAACCCAGCCAGUGGCAUGCAUAAUGUUUGACUGGCUUUUUAUUUCCUUUCUUCCAUUGAUUUUUCCUC